UGGAUGAGCAACAUCAAGCAGUUCUCUUAAGUGCCUGUGCUUCAAGGAAAUGUUCUCUUAGUCUCUUGCAGAUAUGGCAGAUCCUAUCACAGCUUGCAAAGUAAUUUCACUAGCUGUGGGCAACGGCUUUCUGGUAUACAAACAGCUGCAGAAGGCAAAGAAAAACAAGAAGAGAUUCCAGGACCUAGCAACUCAUGUGAAGGAUGUGACAGAGGUGCUGGAGACUGUGGAGAACCAGGGCGCAGAGGAAGGUGUGGUGAAGAGAGGACUUGAGAUGUUUGAACGAGCUUUGGAGUCCGCCAAGAAACUCCAGCGAGAUUAUGGUCGCUCCAGCUUCUUUACGCGUUGUGUCAGAGCUCAAGGUUUGAAUAGUAGUAUGGAGAAGGUGAAUAAACAGCUGACUGAAGCCAAACACAGCCUGACCCUCGCAUUCCUGAUCGAACAGAGACAAAAACAAACAACGGAUGAACAGAGCAUCUCACCUGAUCAGUUUGUCAAGCUCAUUAGCUGCCUUUGUGAAAUGAAAGACCAAUUGCAGCAGAACGAACUCCAGAGGUUCCUCGAGAAACCAACAGAAACAGAACUGACAUCAGAGCACUGUUCCAAUUUAGCAGACCUGCUGCUCAAGUCCGAGGAGGUCUUGGACGAGUUUGACAUUGAGAAGUACAGCACAACAGAAGACGGUCGGCAGAGCCUUGUACCAGUUGUGAAAUGUUGCAGAAAAGCUCGGCUUACAGAUUGUAAUAUGAACGAGGAAUUCUCUGAGGUUGUGGCCUCAGCCCUGCAGUCAUCCUACCUGAAAGAGCUGUACCUGGACGGCACUAUCUUGUCAGAGUCCGGACUGAAGGCUCUCUGUGGCUCCUUAACCAAUCAGAACUGUGUGCUGGAGAUACUGAGCCUGAGAAAGUGCGGUCUUUCCUCGAGUCACUGUGAGGAUUUGGCCUCCAUUCUCUGCUCCUCGGCCUCCAGCCUGAAGGAGCUGGACCUGAGAAACAACGAUCUGCAGGAUGCUACAGUGGAGCUUCUCUCCUCUGGACUACAGAGCCCUCAGUGUACACUGGAGAUACUGAGACUGUCAGCCUCCAAGCUCACUGAGGCGUCCUGGAGGUGUUUGACGUCGGUCUUCCAGGGGGAACUGGACCUGAGUGAGAACAGGCUGCUGAUGUCUGAGCUGGAGCAGCUGUCGGCAGCACUGAGGAGCCCAGACUGCAGAGUGAACACACUCAGGAUGAAGCAUUGCUCUCUGAAGGAUGACCACUGUAGGGUUUUGGCUUCAGUCCUCAGUUCAGAUGGGUCCCAUUUGAAGGAGCUGGACCUGAGUGACAACGACCUGCAGGACUCAGGAGUGGAGCUGCUCUCCUCUGGACUACAGAGCUCUCAAUGCACACUGAAGAUACUGAGGUUGUCAUUAUGUGGUGUGACUAAAAAAGGCUGUGAGUUUCUGGUUUCUGCUCUGAGUGCAAACCCCUCCUACCUGAGAGAGCUGGACCUGAGCUACAAUCAUCCAGGAGAGGCUGGAGUCAAGCUGCUCUCUGAGAAAAAAGACGACCCUGACUGCAAACUGGACACACUCAAUGUUGAUCAUGAUGCAGAGUGCUGGUUGAAAUCAAGAUUGAAAAAAUCAAUGUCAUGCAAACCUGGUCCGGGCCCGGGGACUUUCCAUUGCCUGUCCAGGGUCGGCAGCUGCCAUCCAGCCAGACUGCGCUCUACUCUCGCCCUGGACUCAUUUCCUGACAGUGGCUCCGUCACCAGUGGACACAACGUGAACAAACAAAAAGAUAGUAGUGUUUUGUGGAGAGUUAUGAGCAAUCAUAAUACCAGUCUGAAGAGGAGGAUUGAGAACGCAUCUGAAGGCAUCAUCAAACCAGGAGCUGAGAUAUGCCUCAAUAAGGUCCACACAGAGCUCUACAUCACACAGAGAGAGAGUGAAGGGGUGAAUAAGGAACAUGAGGUCUGUCAGGUAGAGUCAGCAUCCAGAUAUCAAUCCAAAGAAGACACAACAAUCAACUGCAAUGACAUCUUCAAGCCCUUACCUGGACGGAAGAAGCGCAUUAGAACUGUGAUGACUAAAGGUGUUGCUGGUAUUGGAAAAACAGUAUCAGUGCAGAAGUUUAUUCUGGAUUGGUUAAAUGGGGUAGCCAAUAAAAGUGUGGACUUUAUAUUUCCCCUCUCUUUCCGUGAGCUGAAUUUAAUCAGGGGUGAUCAGUAUAGUCUCCACAGGCUCCUGCUUGACUUCCACCCUGAGCUGAAGACGCUGAAUGAUGGUGAUGAAUACAAAGACUGUCGGGUUGUGUUUAUCCUUGAUGGUUUGGAUGAGAGUCGAAUUUCACUAAAUUUCCAGCCAAAGAAUACAGUGUCUGAUCUUAGUCAGACAUCAUCAGUGGAUGUGCUAUUGACAAGCCUCAUUCAGGGAACUCUGCUUCCCUCUGCACUCAUUUGGAUAACCUCACGACCAGCAGCCGCCAGUCAAAUUCCUGCUCAGUACAUCCACCAGAUUACUGAAGUACGAGGAUUCAGUGACCCACAGAAGGAGGAGUACUUCAGGAAGAAAAUCAGUGAUGAGAAUCAGGUCAACAGAAUCAUCUCACUCAUUAAGGCAUCCAAGAGUCUCCACAUCAUGUGCCGUAUUCCAGCUUUUUGUUGUAUUGCAGCCACUGUACUCCAGCAGAUGCUGGAACAGGACAACACCCAGGAAUUCCCUGAAACUCUGACUGAAAUGUUCAUAUAUCUCUUGAUUGCCCAGACCUCUAAGGCAAAUGGUAAAUAUCAGCAACACAAUGGGAUUGAGAAGAUGAAGGACAUUCUUACAUCCCAGAAGGAAAUCAUCCUGAAGCUGGCAGAACUGGCCUUCAAGAAUCUCGACAAAAGCAGUGUAGUGUUUUACGAAGAAGACCUCAGCGAGAAUGGCAUUGACGUCAGCGAAGCCUCAGUGUACUCUGGCAUAUUCACUGAGAUCUUCAAGGAGGAAUCUGUGUUUCAGAAGAAGGUCUACAGCUUCGUACAUCUGAGCAUCCAGGAGUUUCUGGCUGCACUUCAUGUCUUCGUGUCCAACAGGAAUCAGAUGGAGACCAUCGGACCGUUUUUCUCCUUGGAAGAAUCACUUACGCUUGUGAUAACCAGAGUUCUGGAGAGCAAGAAUGGGCACCUGGAUCUUUUUCUUCGCUUCCUCAUGGGCCUGUCGUCUGAGAAAAAUCAGAGAACUUUGAAUGGUCUACUGAAAAACACACAAAGCACCUCGAAAAGCAUAAAGGAAAUGUGCCGGUACAUUAAAGACCUCGACAAAGAGGAUCUCUCUCCUGAAAGGUGCAUCAAUAUUUCCCACUUCUUAUUAGAAAUGAACGACCAUUCCAUCCAUGAAGAAAUUCAGAAAUAUCAAAAAUCACCAAAUGGCUUCAAAGACAAAUUGUCUCCAGCUCACUGUUCAAUUCUGGCCCACAUGCUUCUGAUAUCUGAGGAGGUGCUGGAUGAGUUUGACCUGAAGAAAUACAACACAUCAGAUGAGGGACGUAGGAGACUGCUCCCAGUUGUGAGGUGCUGCAGAAAGGCACGACUUGUUGGGUGCAAAUGUAGCAAGAUGUCUUGUGAAACAGUGAUGAAGUGUCUGCAGUCUACUAACUCCCUCAUAGAGCUGGAUCUGAGUUGCAAUGCCCUUGGAGAUUCUGGAGUUCAGCUUCUUUCUGCAGGAGUAACUAGUCCCCGCUGCAAACUAAAAACCUUGAGACUUGGUGACUGCAAUCUCAGUGGUGAAUCCUGCAAGAUGGUGGCCUGUGUUCUACAGUCAGUAAGCUCCCUGACAGAGCUGGACCUGAGUCACAAUGACCUUGGAGACUCUGGAGUUCAUCUUCUCUGUAAGGGACUGUCCCAUCACAAUUGUAAACUGCAUAUAUUGAGGCUCUCUGGUUGUCUCGUCUCGGAGAGUAGCUGUCAUGACCUGGCUUCAGUUCUGACUUCAAACCCCUCUCGUCUAAAAGAGCUGGAUCUGAGCUACAACCAUCCUGGAGAAUCAGGACUGAAGCUGUUAUCUGCUAAACUGGAGGAUCCUUACUGUAAACUGGAGACACUUGACAUGGAGCACUGUGCAGAAAUCAGACUCAAACCAGGUGUGCGGAAAUAUGCCUGUGAGCUCACACUGGACCCAAACACAACAGGCAUGCGCCUCACUCUCUCUGAUCAGACGAGGAGAGUGACGGGUUUGAGCAUGAAGCAUGCAGACCACCCAGACAGAUUCCAAUACUGGCCUCAGGUGUUGUGUAGAGAGGGUCUGUCUGGACGCUGCUACUGGGAGGCUGAGUGGAGUGAAGGUGUGGUUCAUGUAGCUGUGGCCUAUAAAAGCAUGAAGAGGAAAGGGAAGAAUGAUGACAGUCGCUUGGGAUGUAAUGCCAAGUCCUGGAGUCUACGCUGCUCUACUGACAGUUACUCUGCCAAACACAAUGAUGAACGCACAGACAUACCUGCCCCCUCCUCCCGCUCCAGAAGAGUUGGAGUGUACCUGGACUGGCCGGCCGGAACUCUGUCCUUCUACAGUGUCUCCUCUGACACACUCACCCACCUGCACACGUUCUACUCCACGUUCACUGCGCCCCUCUAUCCAGGGUUUAUGGUUUAUUUUGAUUCCUCAGCGUCCCUGUGCCAGAUGACAUCAAUGGCAGGUGCUUUCACAGCGUGCAAAGUGAUUUCAGUCGCUGUGGGCAGCGGCUGGCAGAUACACAAACAAUUACAGAAGACAAAGAAAAACAAGAAGAGAUUUCAGGAUCUUGCAACUCAUGUGAAGGACGUGACAGAGGUGCUGGAGACUGUGGAGAACCAGGGCGUGGAGGAAGGUGUGGUGAAGAGAGGACUCGAGAUGUUUGAACGAGCUUUGGAGUCCACCAAGGAACUCCAACAAGAGUAUGGUCGCUCCAACUUCUAUUCGCGCUGUAUCAGAGCUCGCGGUUUUGACAGUAGUUUGGAGAAGGUGAAUAAACAGCUUACUGAAGCCAAACACAGCCUGAUCCUCGCAUUGGUGGUUGAACAGAGACAAAAACAAACAAUGGAUGAACAGAGCAUCUCACCUGAUCAGUUUGUCAAGCUCAUUAGCUGCCUUUGUGAAAUGAAAGACCAACUGCAGCAGAACGAACUCCAGAGGUUCCUCGAGAAACCAACAGAAACAGAACUGACAUCAGAGCACUGUUCCAAUUUAGCAGACGUGCUGCUCAAGUCCGAGGAGGUCUUGGACGAGUUUGACAUUGAGAAGUACAACACAACAGAUGAUGGGCGGCAGAGACUCGUUUCAAUCGUAAAAUGUUGCAGAAAAGCUCGGCUUACAGAUUGUAAUCUGAAUGAGGAAUUCUCUGAGGUUGUGGCCUCAGCCCUGCAGUCAUCCUACCUGAUGGAGCUGUACCUGGACGGCACUAUCAUGUCAGAUUCUGGACUGAAGGCUCUCUGUGGUUCCUUAACCAAUCAGAACUGUGUACUGGAGAGACUGAGCCUGAGAAAGUGCGGUCUUUCCUCGAGUCACUGUGAGGAUUUGGCCUCCAUUCUCUGCUCCUCGGCCUCCAGCCUGAAGGAGCUGGACCUGAGAGACAACAACCUGCAGGACUCAGGAGUAGAGCUGCUCUCCUCUGGACUUAAGAGCCCACAGUGCACACUGGAGAUAUUGAAACUGUCAGCCUCCAAGCUCACUGAGGCAUCCUGGAGGUGUUUGACGUCGGUCUUCCAGGGGGAACUGGACCUGAGUGAGAACAGGCUGCUGAAGUCAGAGCUGGAGCAGCUGUCAGCAGCACUGAGGAGCCCUGACUGCAGAGUAAACACACUCAGACUGAAGCAGUGCUUUCUAAAGGAUGACCACUGUAGGGUUUUGGCUUCAGUCCUCAGUUCAGAUGGAUCCCAGCUGAAGGAGCUGGACCUGAGUGACAACGACCUGCAGGACUCAGGAGUGGAGCUGCUCUCCUCUGGACUACAGAGCUCACAGUGUACACUGAAGAUACUGAGGUUGUCCUUAUGUGGCGUGACUGAGCAAGGCUGUGAGUUUCUGGCUUCUGCUCUGAGUGCAAACCCCUCCUACCUGAGAGAGCUGGACCUGAGCUACAAUCACCCAGGAGAGGCUGGAGUCAAGCUGCUCUCUGACAGAAAAGAUGACCCUGACAGCCAAUUAGACACACUCAAUGUUUAUCAUGAUGAACAGUGUUGGCUGAAGUCAAGACGGGAGAAAACAGUAUCAUUUAAACCACGCGGGUCCGGAGUCGACAGUCGCCAUCCACCAGCCAGACCGAUCUCUACUCUCGACCAGCCCUCAUCCCCUCAAAGGUACGUCAGCAUCCUCAUCCUUUUCAUCAUCAUCAUCAUCAUCAUCACCAUCAGCAUCAUCACCAUCAGCAUCAUCACCAUCUACGUUAUCACAUUGCCCCCCCAGAAUCUGUGGCACCUCUGGGACGCCACCAACGUGAACAUACGAAAAGAUAAUUCUGUUUUGUGGAGAGUUAUGCACAAUCAUAAUACCAGUCUGAAGAAGAGGUUUCAGAACACACCUGAAGGCAUCAUCAAACCAGGAGCCGAGAUACCUCUCAAUAAGAUCUACACAGAGCUCUACAUGAUAGAGGGAGUGCGGGAAGGGGUGAAUGAGGUUUGGCAGAUAGAGUCAGCAUCCAGAGAACAUACCACUGAAGACACUCCGAUCAACUGCAAUGACAUCUUCAAGCCCUUUCCUGGACGGAAGAACAUCAGAACUGUUAUGACCAAAGGUGUUGCCGGCAUUGGAAAAACAGUCUCAGUGCAGAAGUUUAUUCUAGAUUGGUUAAAUGGGGUAGCCAAUAAAAGUGUAGACUUUAUGUUUCCCCUUUCUUUCCGUGAGCUGAAUUUAAUCAGGGGUGAUCAGUAUAGUCUUCACAGGCUCCUGCUUGACUUCCACCCUGAGCUGAAGACGCUGAAUGAGGGUGAUGAAUACAAAGACUGUCGGGUUGUGUUCAUCCUUGAUGGUUUAGAUGAGAGUCGAAUUUCACUAAAUUUCCAGCCAAAGAAUACGGUGUCUGAUCUUAAUCAGACAUCAUCCGUGGAUGUGCUAUUGACAAGCCUCAUUCAGGGAACUCUGCUUCCCUCUGCACUCAUCUGGAUAACCUCACGACCAGCAGCCGCCAGUCAAAUUCCUGCUCAGUACAUCGACCAGAUAACAGAAGUACAAGGAUUCAGUGACCCACAGAAGGAGGAGUACUUCAGGAAGAGAAUCAGUGAUGAGAAUCAGGUCAACAGAAUCAUCUCACACAUUAAGACAUCCAAGAGUCUCCAUAUCAUGUGCCACAUUCCAGCUUUUUGUUGUAUUGCAGCCACUGUACUUCAGCAGAUGCUGGAACAGGAACAGGAAUUCCCCAAAACUUUGACUGAGAUGUUCAUACAUCUCUUGAUUGUCCAGACCUCUAAGGGAAAUGGGAAAAAUCAGCAACACCAUCAGAUUAAAAAGAAGAGGGACAUUCUUAGAUCCCAGAAUGAAAUUAUCCUGAAGCUGGCAGAACUGGCUUUCCAGAAUCUCAACAAAAUCAAUGUAGUGCUUUACGAAGAAAACCUGAGAGAGUGUGGCAUUGACGUCAGUGCAGCCUCUUUGUACUCCAAGACGUUCCCUGGGAUCUUCAAUGAAGAAUCUGUGAGUCACCAGAAGAAAGGCUACUGCUUUGUGCAUCUGAGCAUCCAGGAGUUUCUGGCAGCACUUCAUGUCUUUGUUUCCUACAGCAAUCAAAUGGAGACCAUUGGGCCGUUUUUCUCCUUGGAAGAGUCGCUAAAGUUUACAAUAACCAAUGUUCUGGAAAGCAGGAAUGGGCACCUGGAUCUUUUCCUUCGCUUCCUCAUUGGUCUUUCAUUGGAGGAAAAUCAGAGACUUUUGAAAGGUCUGCUAAAAAACACACACAGCACCUCGAAAAGCAUUAAGGAAACGUGCCAGUACAUUAAAGAACUCGAUAGAGAGGAUCUCUCUCCUGAAAGAUGCAUCAAUCUUUUCCACUGCUUAUUAGAAAUAAAUGACCAUUCCAUCCAUGAAGACAUUCAAAGAUUUCAAAAAUCCCCAAAUGGCCUCAAAGAGAGGUUAUCUCCUGCCCACUGUUCAGCACUGGCCCAAAUGCUUCUGAUGUCUGAGGAGGUGCAGGAUGAGUUUGACCUGAAGAAAUACAACACUUCGGAUGAGGGACGCAGGAGAUUGAUCCCAGCUGUGAGGUGCUGCAGAAAGGCACGACUUCUUGGGUGUGGACUCAACCAGAUGUCCUGUGAAACAGUGAUGAAGUGUCUGCAGUCUACUAACUCCCUCAUAGAGCUCGAUCUCAGUUGCAAUGCCCUUGGAGAUUCUGGAGUUCAGCUUCUUUCUGCAGGACUAACUAAUCCCCACUGCAAACUACAAACCUUGAGACUUGGUUGCUGUAAACUCAGUGGCGGAUCCUGCCAGAUUGUGGCUACUGUUCUACAGUCAGCAAACUCCCUGAUAGAGCUGGACCUGAGUCACAAUGACCUUGAAGUUGCUGGAGUUCAUCUUCUCUCUAAGGGACUGUCCCAUCACAAUUGUAAACUGCAGAUUUUAAGGCUCUCUGGUUGUCUCAUCUCAGAGAGUAGCUGUCACGACCUGGCUUCAGCUUUGACUUCAAACCCCUCUCAUCUAAAAGAGCUGGAUCUGAGCUACAACCAUCCUGGAGAAUCAGGACUGAUGCUUUUAUCUGCCACAAUGGAGGAUCCUCACUGUAAACUGGAGAUACUUAAUACGGACCACAGUGCAGAAAUCAGACUCAGACCAGGUGUGCGUAAAUAUGCCUGUGAGCUCGUAUUGGACCCAAACACAGCAAGCAGACGUCUCACUCUCUCUGAUCAGAACAGAACGGUUAGAGGCGUGAGUGAGAGCUAUCCUGACCACCCAGACAGAUUCCACUACUGGCCCCAGGUGUUGUGUAGAGAGGGUCUGUCUGGACGCUGCUACUGGGAGGCUGAGUGGAGUGAAGGUGUGGUUCAUGUAGCUGUGGCCUAUAAAAGCAUGAAGAGGAAAGGGAAGAAUGAUGACAGUCGCUUAGGAUGUAAUGCCAAAUCAUGGAGUCUACACUGCUCUCCUGAGAGGUAUUCUGCCAGACACAAUAAUGAACGCAUUGACAUUCCUGCCCCCUCCUCCCACUCUAGAAGAGUAGGAGUGUACCUGGACUGGCCGGCUGGCACUCUGUCUUUCUACAGCGUCUUCUCGGCCACGCUCACCCACCUGCACACGUUCCACUCCACAUUUACUGAGCCCAUCUAUCCAGGGUUUAUGGCUUAUUAUGAUUCCUCAGUGUCCCUGUGCCCGAUGACAUGAGGACAUAGUGCUUUGGGGCAUCAUUCAAUUCCACAUCAUAUGAUUUCCUGCUAAGGAAGCCCCAUAAUUUCUCAAACAAAAGUAAUAAAAAAAGGUCUGCGCUCUCGGAGUGCUUUUCUAGUUAUAAAUAUAAGCUAUAGAUAGUAGUCAAAUGUGGAAAAAUAGCCAUUUCAAUGAUUGUGGGUGGCCCCACAUUUGUAUAUGAUAUGUAUAUCAAAUAUGUCUUUGUAUAUAAUGUAUGUCAUUAAAUGUAUAUGAAACCAUGACAAUUAUAUUGUCAGUGUUCUGGGAUUGGAAUUGCAUGGACUCUUUUCUGGAUUUUUCUGGGAGUGGGACUGUAUAGAAACCAUUCUGGACAUGUCUUAUGACUAUACACUGGUUUGAAACUUGUUUUAUUAUUACAUUUUAUAAUACAUAUAUUUUAUUGGCCAAUUAAUUCAUAAAUCCCUCUUGAUCUUGAGAACCAGUGUGUAAUGUCCACCUCAUGAAGAAUGCUUAGCUUAGCAGAUUGUUGCUGUUCCUCAUGGAAAUUGAGAAGUGCUACUAAAAUGAAGACAGGAA